AUGGUGAAACGGCUAAGUGGGCUACAGCGUGAAGUCCUACAGAUGUAUAGACAGUGUAUCAGAGCUGCUCAUCGAAAACCUAAGGAAAGCCAGCAUAAUUUCAUCAGAUACAUUAGAGGUGAAUUCCACAAGCACCGAGAUUUGGCCCGCAAGGAUUUUAGCACGAUUGAGCAUUUGCUGCGCGUAGGAUAUCGCCGACUGGAAACCUACUCUGCUCCCGAAGUCAGAGAUAUCCACUAG